CAACGAUUUCCGGUUUAGACUUUCAACAUAAUAUCCUCUCACGAUGUCUGCAAGCCAUCAUUUAAACCACCAAGCGGGUGUUGUGUGAUUGUCGUAGUUACAAUUAGUUGUGUGUAUUAAUAACACACGCCUAUUUACUCCAAUUUAGUAUACAGACUGUAUAGGCUGAUUCGAUGAAUUUCCGGUAUUUUAUAUCUAACCACAGCUAGCUUGAUGCAGCUCCCACUCCAAACGAGCAGCACAAGUCUUGGAUGUUUGCGUCACAACGGAGUGAACGGACACACACUACGGAAGACGAGCGACACCGGGAAACAGGCUUAACGUUCCGGUGGAACUUGCUUUAACACAUAUUGGCCGCCGUUGCCGUCUCUGGCGAACAAAAUACUUCAAACUCGCGGUAUUCCUGUCAAGACUAAAACAAAUAAGGUAACGGACAGUUUGGGGUGAAAUGUUGUUAAUGUUUUCCGCGGAGAGUCUCCCACUCUGAGGUGUAAUUUAUCUCCAAGAGGCGAGGAAUGCUAUCUGAGCAUCAAUGUUUCACUGGGGAAAGUGGAAGAAGAGGAUGGGAGCCAAUAGUUCGUCAAAGAGACCAGUGUUCGACGAAAAAGAAGAUGUGAACUUUGACCACUUUCAAAUAUUGCGUGCCAUUGGGAAGGGGAGCUUUGGAAAGGUAUGCAUUGUGCAAAAGAGAGACACGGAGAAGAUGUACGCCAUGAAGUACAUGAACAAACAACAAUGUGUUGAGAGAGAUGAGGUCCGAAACGUCUUUAGAGAGCUUGAGAUCCUACAGGAAAUUGAACAUGUUUUUUUAGUAAAUCUCUGGUACUCAUUCCAGGAUGAGGAGGACAUGUUCAUGGUAGUGGACCUCCUGCUUGGAGGAGACCUCCGUUACCACCUGCAACAGAGUGUCCAGUUCAGCGAGGAUGCAGUCAAACUGUACCUUUGUGAGAUGACACUCGCACUGGACUAUCUCCAGAGCCAGCACAUUAUCCAUAGAGAUGUCAAGCCCGACAACAUUCUCUUGGAUGAGCAAGGUCACGCUCACCUGACAGACUUCAACAUAGCAACAAUAAUUAAGGAUGGCGAGCGAGCAACAGCCUUAGCUGGAACCAAGCCAUACAUGGCUCCAGAGAUCUUUCAGUCCUUCAUGAAUGGAGGGAUGGGCUACGCCGUUGAAGUUGACUGGUGGUCACUAGGAGUGACGGUCUUCGAAGUUCUGAGGGGAUGGAGGCCAUAUGACAUCCAUGCCAGUAACUCACUGGAGUCUUUAAUUCAGCUUUUCAGCACAGUUAGUGUCCAGUACACUCCAGCCUGGCCCAAAGAUCUGGUUUCUCUUUUGAGGAAGCUACUCACAGUGAACCCAGAGCAUCGUUUCUCCAGCCUGUCGGACAUGCAGACUUCUCCCUACCUCGCUGACAUCAAUUGGGACGCUGUUUAUGGAAAGAAGAUGGAUGCCGGCUUCGUUCCGAAUAAAGGUCGUCUCCACUGCGACCCCACCUUUGAACUGGAGGAGAUGAUUCUGGAAUCACGUCCCCUUCAUAAGAAGAAGAAAAGACUGGCAAAGAACCGGUCUCGAGACAACAGCAAGGAUUCACAGUCUGAGAACGACUAUCUCCAGGAGUGCCUUGAAGCGGUGCAGCAAGAGUUUAUGAUCUUCAACCGUGAGAAGUUGAAAAGGAGUCAAGAGGAGGGACAUUGUGAGACUCGGUGUGAUGACACCAGUGGAGAUGGAGAUGCGGAGGCUGGAGGCACGGACGAGCCAGAGCCUGAGGUGGAGCCCGAGUCCUCUUCAAAAUUAAGCAUAUGCGGCUCGGUGUGCUCCUCCCCUGGCAGCUGCUAGCAGCGCAUCAGCUCACGGUAGCCACAAGGAGAGGAAAACACAGC